UUUUGCACAACUUUCCUUCCCGGUUCUCUUUCUCUCCCAUCCAUAUUUCUUCACCUUCCGCCAUGGUGGUUUCUGGUUUCUUCACUUGCAAAACCUAACCACAGCCUCCGUUGGAGACGAUUGUGGAAGCUGAUUGAGGUUCACUGAGAAGCUGUUGUUGUUGUUGGGUUGUGAAUUUUAGGGUUUCGAGGUGUGAUUGGGCGGAAUUGACGAUGUCUUUGAGAAUAAAGGCUGUGGUGGAUAAAUUCGUGGAGGAGCUCAAGGAAGCUUUGGAUGCAGAUAUUCAAGAUCGAAUCAUGAAGGAGAGAGAGAUGCAGAGUUACAUUGAAGAGCGUGAACGUGAGGUUGCUGAACGUGAAGCUGCUUGGAAAGCUGAGCUCUCUCGUCGUGAGGCCGAAAUUGCAAGACAAGAAGCAAGGUUGAAGAUGGAAAAGGAAAAUCUGGAAAAAGAGAAAAGUGUGCUAAUGGGAACUGCAUCAAAUCAAGACAACCAAGAUGGAGCUCUUGAAAUUACUGUAAGUGGUGAAAAGUAUAGAUGCCUUAGGUUUGCAAAGGCUAAAAAAUGAGGCUGACAUAAUGAUAUGAUAGUGAAAAAGGAAAAAGAAAAAAAAGUUAGUGUCUUGAUUGUGGCCUCUUCUUCCUCUUAAGCUUGCUAUAAUUUUUUUUCAAAGCAAAAUCAUUAUUAGUCUUGAAAGCUUCUAAGAUGUACAUGUAGAUAAUUAUUUGCUACACCAUCAUGAUUCUAGCAGUAUUUAUUAAUCAUUCCAUUCCAUUUUAUCCAAUGAAUGAAUCAAUCUCCAUCU